GCAGGCACGCGCAGUGUCUCUCGUGUUGUAUCAUGGAACUAAAACGACCGUGAAAAAACUACAACAACCGCAAGCAUGUCGUGCGCCACAUGGCGCAAGCACGGAGACCCAGAGGCUUCAUCGCAAACGGCGAGGACUCUUUGAGUGAAAAGGAUUUAGGGUUGAAAGACGUGGAAUUUCUCGUCUCCAUGAUCCAGUCGAAGGAGGAGGAGGAGGAGGCAUCGGGUGGUAGUGACAAGGCAGCCAGCGUUCCCGACCUCACGCACGGAAUAUUUGAGCGCCCAUACAGCGAGGAACACAGCCGACUGCACGAACAACCAACGGCGAAUGCGGAGAAUGACGGUGGCUCGCUCACUGACGAGGGCCUGGAUGAUGAGGUCGAGGACGAGAUUGUACGGACGGGAAAAGAGGCCCCGUGUGAUCUGCCGCAGGACGUGGCGGGAAACGGAAGGAUGCUCACGAAGAGUGUCUCCAUGGCGUCUCUGACAACGGCACAAAUAAAAAUGGGGACACUGAACACGGCCAAGGCAAUGGAAGGUGGCAAAAGACUCAGGAUAAAAUGGUCAAAUGUGUACGUGACGCUGCACGAGUCGGGCUUGACUUUCAGGAAGUCCUCGAGUGCGAAGAAAACUGCCCAAGGGGAGAUCAGCCUCCUGGGAGCUCAGCUGCAAAGAGCGACAGACAAGGAAUACAGGAAGAGAAACGUCAUCCAGCUCACCACGGCGGAGAGCGACUGCUACCUGCUGCAGUCGGACAUUGACGUGAACAUCGCCCAGUGGUACGAGCGCAUCCACGAGGUGACUCAGGCACAGGCCUGUCAGAGUCCCACAGGUGAAUGCAUCUACGAGGAUGUCAUCAUCGAUGGACAGGGCCCUCCAAAGCCUGCAGGCUGCCCGUGCGAAGAAAGAACAUCACCAGCCAGAAGCAGAGCCGAACCGCCGAUGGACCGGACGAACAUACGGGAGAAGCUUCGGAAGCUCAUUUCGAAGAGGCCUCCCAGGCAAUCUUUGAGAGACAGAGGCAUCAUAAAAGACCAAGUGUUUGGCUGCCCCCUGCAGUCGCUGUGCGCGCGCGAAGACUCCACCGUCCCUGCGUUCGUCAGGCUCUGCGUGCAAGAAGUGGAUAAGAGAGGCCUGCAGGUCGAUGGCAUCUACAGACUGAGUGGGAAUCUCGCCUCGGUGCACAAGCUGCGCUACGCAGUCGACCGAGAGGAUAAGCUGGACCUCGGCACGGACAGCCCCUGGGUGGACAUUCACGUGGUCUCCGGGGCCCUCAAGUUGUUUUUCCGAGAGCUGCCGGAGUCGCUCAUCCCGCAGAAGAACUUUGGGGAUUUUGUGAAGGCCCUCGGAAUGAAUAACUGUCAAGCAAGGACAGAUGCCAUUGGAGGGCUGAUCAACUCCCUCGCUGGACCACAUCUGGAGACCAUGAAGUUCCUCUUUGGGCACCUUAAACGAGUGGCGAAGCACCGGGAUGCGAAUCGGAUGUCGGUGGAGAAUCUGGCGAUCGUCUUCGGGCCAACGUUGCUCCGCUCAGAGCUGAACAGUCCCCAGUCGGCGAUGAACGACAUGCCCCACCAAGCCCAGGUGCUGGAGUUCAUCCUCGGGCAGUUCAGCACUUUAUUCCCAGAAUAAUUUUUUCUAAAGGAGUCAUGCCCCUGUUUGUAGAGUGGGGGGGGGGGGGGGGGGUGCGUGGUGCGUUCCUGAAAGUUGCCACGACGACGAUGAAUCCCACGACGGAGUAACUCGACAAAGCGAUGCACGAGGUAGGCGGAGGCGCGUGCCGAGGCGACGGACGCGAGAAGCGACGGGCGACGACGAUGCCAAUGAUGCCACCAAGCUUCGCCCAUCGCCUCCCCGUCCAGCGGCACGCGCGGGAACAGAAGCGAGACACGUCAGCUGUUGUCGCGUUCGCCGAUUGGCGGAGCGAUCGAUCCAAUAGCAGUAAUAAUUGUCGGUAGAGCAGUCGGGAUAAUUUAACAACUGGAGAGCCCAGCUAUUGCACAACCGCUCCCACCCGCGAAUUAGAAGCUUUAGGAGAUUUCUACGAACUAUCGAUGACCUGUACAGAGACUCCGUUGCUCAAGUGAAGCACAACUACCUUGCUGAUCUGGUCAAGGAGCAUAAACCACCAUCACGGGAACUCCGCUCGCCCUCUCAUGCGGUCCACCGCAUCGCGCGGCGCUUUCAGGCGCGGCCGUCUGGAACGCUCUUCCUUCCGAUACUAGGGAGCCAUUGGAGCUACGCACGUUUCAAUCAUCGAGGUUGAAAACGAAUUUCUUUUAAACUGCUUUUAUGUUGGGUGACCUUCCCCUCCCCCUCCACCAUCGAUGAGCAAGGCUGGCUACGUAGUUUAACAUUAAUACGUGCACUCUUUUUGUUGCUUUUACCCCCUUUACGCCAAUAUACCGGCGUAUUCGAUCUGAUAAACUCCGGCGUAUGUGUAUAUUGUCUGUAGCGUGUGCGUGUUGUCGCACACGCGACAGACAAUAUACACAUACGCUGGCCAUGUAGGUACGAGAAGUAUCGCGUGGCCGAAGCGAUUAGGGGUGUAGGACCAGGCAAACUCUGCAUCACGGACUUGCUCAUUUGAUUCGCUUAGGGGUCGUCCAUAAAUGACGUCACGCACCUGGGGGGUGGGGGGGUCAGACAUUUGUGACGAUGUGUGACGGGGGGGGGGGGGUUGAGAAAUGUGACGUCACAUCUACUUAAUUAAACAGACUUUUAAGUAAAUGUUUUCUCCUACAACAUCAGAGUGCAGCGGGCACAUUAAAUACGCACUACAAAGACAAUCUCAUUGGGACCGCGAAUGCAGCAGGACGAGCCCGCUGCGAGACUUCGUGAGCGCAGCAGGUGGCAGCAACGCCUCUCUGUCUGCCUAUUGCCGAUACUUCAACACUCCCACGAUGGCUCGUGACAUUGUGAACUCAGCAAUCGGUGACCCCCCCCCCCCACAUGCCCUAGAAAACUACUGCCCCCCCCACCGUGGCCUCCACAGCGGUUUGAAGGCGUUCGAGCAGCAGCUGCGGGGGGAGGGGGGAGGUUAGAAAAAGCGAAGCCGACGGACCGAUUUUAUUUUUAGGGAACCCCAAUCUAGAGGAAUGCGGGACGCUUGACUCGUGGUGUCGCGUUCCGUUGGUGGACGUGCAAAGUGCUCCACGCCCGCUGUGUGUGUGGGGACGUGUUUAGUGUGAAGUUUAUCGCGUGGACACUUGGGUGGUGGUGGGGUUAGGGGAUGGGGGGAAUUGUUUUAUUACACUGGUCAACACACUUUUUCUGGCAUAAGGUAUUCCAACGAUUUUAAGGUAAUUUUGGGGUUCUGAUUCCGAAUCUGGCAUCAGUUUUUUGUCUAUCACAUCAGGUGUUUGAGAUAUCAAAUAUUGCAUUUUCAAUAAAAACUGCAGAAGAAAAACAUUAAAUAAAUGUGGGUAUCUACAUAAAAUGAUAUUAUAAACACACUAUCCUAAAAAUACAGCACCAUAUUUUAACACUAAAGCAGUCACUGACUCGCAACAACUUGCAAUCAUAAGUGACAGAGUUAAUUUCGGGUAAAAUCAAUGGAAAUGGGGUAUGCCGAUAGCAUAAUAAGUAUAACCCGUAAAAACUAAGUUUUUCACUAUAAAUCCUUUAUAUGCGUGGCGGCUAGAGUCCUCUCGUCCUCUGGCUUCAGAUGGCUGCCACAUAUGGGUCAGAUGAUUGCAUUGCACCAUUAAGCAAUUGGUAAUUAAAUAUAAUAUUUUUGUCCUAAACAUUGUAAAAUUUUGGAAAAAAAUUUUCACGAACAGUAAUUGUCACGCACAACGAGUCUGUGUGGAAAAUAUCAGCUCGAUUGGAUCACGGGAAGUGUGUUAAAAAAUGACCGAAAGAUUUGCAUGGUCCUAAGCAAGCAAGCGAACUUAAUAUAAAGGAUUUAAAAAUGAGAUGUGAUAGAGCAUAUCUGAGAUCAGAUUUGGAAUCAGCACCCUGUGAAAUUAGUCUAAAACAGCUGCAAAAGUCCAGGCCAGAAUUUUUUUUUUUGUUGACCAGUGUUAUUGUACAGUGAGCGUGACGCGUCUGAGCUACUUUCGAAACCGUGAUUCGUUUUGUCUUCUUUGGUGCCAAGUGGGAAAUCCGACGUGCGUGCGUGCGUAACUAAGAAAGUUCCACGCUUUCAAAUUUUUUUUAACGCACGGGCGGUUGCGGAUGCAGUCGGCGCGCGUGUCAGAUAGCAUCCGUGAAUGUGUGAAUGUGGAAUGUAAAUAACGGGACGUGAAUGCCGCUAUAUCAGCAAAAAAAAAUAAUAUAUAAAAAAAACGUGACAUGUUUAGUAUUAGAUCAUCUUUAGAAAUGAUGGUGCUGAUAUGACAUUUGACACAAAGCUCAUGAGUCCCAAAGAAAGCCGAAACCAGUCUGCAGUUUGCUUGGACAAAUGCUGCAUUAAUGUGUUGAUCUGAUGGAUCAAAUGUUUCUUUUCUUUGUAUUUAUAUGUGGAAACAACAGGAUGGAGUUCUGCUUAUGUUUUUUUUUACCCAUGAUGCCCACACAAGCAGCGCAGUUUGUGUCUGCAGCCGUGACAAAUUCGUCAUUCUUGAUCUUUGCUACAGUGCGUUUGGCUCGUGUUGUGUGAGCUGUUCUUCGCCGGGUUUUUCGCGACUGUGUCUGUCUGCUCACAGCCCAUGCCGAGCCGCAAUGUUUUACGGCCGUGUCGCCACGAAUUGUUUGCUCGAAAUUGACUGUUACUUGCAAUUAAUUAAAGCACCGUGCUCUCACUUGUGUGUAUGUGCAGUGGUGUCUACCGGUUCUUAAAAAAAACAUUUUAACUAAAACGCCUAUUAAUAAUGAAGUCACAAUUGACAGCCGAUUACCAAUCCACUGCUGGAAGUUGCUUAACCAUACUUGACCGCGAUGCUCGGUAUGGGGUUGGUGAAGGGGUGACCGCAAGUCUGAUUCGGAUACCCAGUCUUCUCUGAUAUUAGCCAUGGCCAGAAAUCCAACCCGGUUUCACAGUGUAGUGCGCUAACCACGACGCUCUUCCAUAAUAUAUACACAUAUUCUUGGUUCUUUCGGGAAAGUCACGUAGAAGGGAAGUAAUAAAAUAAUAAAAAUAAAACAAAAAAAAUGCUCACGACGUUUCGAUUGCAACACAAGCAAUCAUCAUCAGGUGUGAAAACGAAGUUUCCCAACCUCCCUUCCUCCAACCCAGCUUAAAUAUACGCUCCAAGCUUGGUGGUGUUUCAUUCUUCACCUGAGGACGGCUGCUUGCGUUGUGGCCGAAACGUCGUGAGAAUUAUUUUAUUAUGUUUUAUUUUUAUUAUUUUAUUACUUCCCUUCUACGUGACUUUACCGAAAGAAACAAGAAGAUGAAUCCCUGCAGUCACGAAAGCUUUAAAUCGAAAUAUUAUUUUAUUAUUUCCCUUCUACGUGACUUUACCGAAAGAAGCAAGAAUAUGAAUCCUUA